UCCACUUGCCCACAGCACAUUGACUCACGCAUACGGACCGCGGCUUGCACAGGAGCAUUCUGCGGACUUCAUACGGAUCUAGCGUUUCCCAAAGAGCACGUCCGCUUUAGAUAAAUAACCUGUUAAUCUUGAUUAUGAAACGAUGGAUGAUUGAUAAAUCGACGAAUAAAUAUUGACAUUUCACUGAAGACCCACUCAUAGCCCGAGGAAGCAUUGUUUAAAAAAAAAGUUUUUUAGUUCUUGAUUAUUUUUAUUAUAGUCUUCAAUCUAGUCAGUGGAACUCUUUCGUUAUCUUGGAUUAAAAUUGUACUCCUUUUGCUGAAGUCCUGAAUUUUGAGCAGAAACUAAAAGCUAUUAUAAACUCAAACAAGGAUUUGCCGUCUUUUAUUCUCUCAAAUAUAUUUUCUUACUAUAAAAAGUUGUAUUUGGGAUGUUGAGCUCAGUGAAGAUGGAGUCUCAUGAACUGCCAGAGUGGAAUGCCUUCUACAGCGAAGCCACUGAGAUGUAUUCCUCUCCCACUGCCAUGAAUUCAAUGAGCUCAAUGAGCACCAUCAACAGCUACAUCAACCUGAACCCAGCUGGUUCUCCAGCCACCAUGAACAUGGGCUAUGGCAGCUCUGGGCUCAACAGUCAACUGGCGUCCAUGGGCGGAGGGGCCAACCAUAUGAACCUGUCCCCGGUGACUUCAUCCCUCAACCCCAGCUCUCUCUCCCAGCUGGGCUCCCCAGGCCCUUCCCUAGGCUCCCUCUCCCACUACCAGAACAUGAGCCAGCCCAUGAGCCAGCUGAGCUACCCCUCUCCCACCUCCCUAAACCGGGCCAAGGAGGUGCCCAAGCCCUACCGCCGCUCACUGACCCACGCCAAGCCACCUUACUCCUACAUCUCCCUCAUCACCAUGGCCAUCCAGCAGUCCGGCAGCAAGAUGCUCACCCUCAACGAGAUCUACCAGUGGAUCAUGGACCUGUUCCCCUACUACCGCGAGAACCAGCAGCGCUGGCAGAACUCCAUCCGCCACUCGCUGUCCUUCAACGACUGCUUCGUCAAGGUGGCCCGCUCGCCCGAUAAGCCCGGCAAGGGCUCCUACUGGGCCCUGCACCCCAACUCAGGCAACAUGUUUGAGAACGGCUGCUACCUGCGCCGCCAGAAGCGCUUCAAGAUCGAUCAAGAGAAGGCUGCGAAGAAGUCUGGCAAGACCCAGGAGGGAGGCUCGGGGAAAGGGGGCCAUGGAGACAACCUGAUGGAGGAGCACAGCCCAGCGGGGGGCUCGGAGGGGGCCGACUCGGCUCACUCUGACAACUCCCACCCUGGUUCCUCCUCAGAGGAGCAGCAGCAGAGGAGCAUGGUCCAGCUGGACUGCCCCCCACAGUCCCACAUCCAGAGCACCCCUGUGGCAAUCACCUCCUCAGUGCCCUCCACCACCCCUCUCCUCCACUCCCAGGUCAUGGGAGGCAGCCCCCAUCUCCUCCCCAGCGCCAUGCAUAAUCUGGACCUGCAGAACGACCCUCUCAAAGCCAUGGAUCCCCACUACAACUUCAACCACCCCUUCUCCAUCACCAACCUCAUGUCCAACGAGCAAAAGAUGGACCUGAAGACCUACCAGGACCACGUGAUGGCCUACAACAGUUACGCCUCCUCCUCUCCGAUAGCAGCCAAGCAGAUCUACGACAGCGCCGGACCCUCGGUCAUGGACUCUGGGGCCUACUACCAAACCCUCUACAGCCGGUCGGUUCUCAAUGCCUCCUAACAUGGGGGCCUCUGGACCACAGCCAAGUGCUGCUGACAAGGACUUUUAGCAGCCUUGAAAUCCCAAAGUGUAAGGUGGCUGCCAUUGAAAGUCUACUCAGGAGGGGCCAAAGGGACGAAAAUAACAUUUAGCAGAGCAGAAUACACAGUUGAUCAGGGAAACCCUGCAUAUACAUGAAGUAGAAGACAAAGGUAAAAACCCAGUGCUGGAUAGACACCCAUUCAUCAGGUCUUUAAACGGACACAUUCAUAAAUUCACACUGAAGUAAAUUCACACCCCCCUUUGCCAUUUUUUGUGCCAUUUUUAGACUAUUUCAAACUGGGUUUUAGUUUGUUCGACAGACAUGCAGGACUACUUGGGUUGUACACAUUGUAAAUAGAUGGAGUGGGGGAAAGGCGAUGUGCAUUUAUUUAUGAAGGGAAGAAAAUUAAUAUAUCUUGUACAGUGCUGUGUAGACGCGUUACAAAACAAAUGUGACAUGAAACAAUGUGAGGGAUUGUGGGAGUGAGAAAAGGUUCAGGUUACUGCUUCGGGGCAGUUGUUACUGCAUUACAGGGAAUUCUUGUUGUGUUUUAGAGCAUGAUACUUCAUUCCUAUUCUUAACAUGCUGUUUUAAUCUCUUCAAAUACACAUCCGUGAACACAAAUGAGCUGCCAUGGUUCAUUUUUACAAGUGGUGCAAGGAUGUUGUUUUUACUGAUAAGAGAGCCAUUUUUGUAUUCUUUUACCAGGUAUCCAUUUUAAGGGGGGGGGGGGAUGAAGUCUGUUUAAAAAGGGAUGAAACUGUGGUAGAUCUAAUUUCAUCUUCGUUUGUCUGUUUUAAAACAUGUUUUUUUUUCCCCCAGAGGACCCUUUUAUUAUUCAUGAUGAGAGCCUGCUGUUCCACAGGUCUUUAUGGCAUAGGAUAUUUUGGAAUGGCUUCACGUUAUAUUACACAACAUACCAAGGGUUAGGAUGGAGAGAAGCCAUGGUAUGGCAGUUACUAAGAUAGGAGUUGAAUGGAAAUGCAGUAAGAGGACCAUUUACAUACAGUACUUUGCACAAGAGUUCCCACCAUUUUGCACAGCUGGGGUGGCCCUGAUAGUGUAUGUUACAACAAUGCUAUGUAAUUACCUUCUUCUUGUUUUUUUUACUGCAAAUGGUCAAUUAGAAUUGGACCACUGUAAACAAUGUCAAUGCCACAUUGAGCUUUAUGUCGCAACCUUCAUCCUCAAAGUGCCUUUCAAGAUGUUCUGGUAAUGGAGGACCAAUAACUGCAUAUUCACUGAAGGAACACUUUUUGAAAUAAUAGCCAUGAGUUUCAGGUCAGAAAUACUGUUUUUUAUUUCUUGUAUUUUAGUUUUUAAAGACUUGUUAUUUAAACUAUGUGGCUUUUCAGACUUGGAAAAGUAUGUUUAUGUAUAUAUUGUGAGGUUGUUGUUCAUGGUUUGAAUGUUGUGAUUUGAAUGAUUCAUGUUUUUCUUAUUAAAAAGCAAAACAUUGGGGAGAAACACGAUUGUUGUCUGUUGCGUUGAGGUAAAUAUAAAUACGUGAGAUUAUCUAUAGACUUGAUGAAAUGGGUGUGUUAUUUUACAAAAUCCUUUCAAAUAAUUUAAAGACGUAUUGUGAAAAAAAACAAAAAAAACAUCUGAUAUGUCGUUUACAUGUUAAUUUUUAUUUAUUUAUUUACAAUUGGAUGGUAACACAGAGGCUCUGUGAUGUAGGUCUUGCUAGGAUUGACAGGUGCAGCUGAAUUAUCGGGUUGUUGAAACAGCUCCGUACAGUACCAAAUGACUCUUGUAUGUGACUUUUGGGUAGGUUAGACUAAACAGUGUGGAACUCAUGCUGGCCCUCUGGCCCCAACAUAAACUGGCUUCUAGACACUACUGUAUUCUGAUGGCCAGUGAAUCAUCUCAAACCGAGUGUUUCAAUCAGGAUUGGGUGUCUUCACAUUUGAACAAAAAGCAUAAUUCUAGGUAUUAAAAAAUCUCUAAUUGCA